AAAGAAGACGAGAAUUCCCAGAACAGGAGUAGUUUGAUCUAUCAGCUGGUUGAUCUGAUCCAUGGCCACCACCACCACCACCAGCGCCACCUGCGGCCUCACCUCUCGAGCUCUCCUCGACCCCAAGGCAGCCUCGAGCCAGCUUCGGCCGCACUUCGUCCGCCUCCCGACGCUGCCGCCUCCACGACCGACCGCUUCAUGGAGCCACCGGAAAACUGCUUCUCACAUGUCAAGGAGUGUCAUCGCCAUGGCCACCGGAGAAACCCCAGCUGAAGUAUCAAGUGAGCUUCCUGAGGUUAUGAAGACCAUAAAAGAUGCGUGGGACAAGCUUGAUGACAAGUACGCAGUGGCUUCCCUUGUGCUUGUGGGAUUGGUAGCGCUAUGGACGACAACCGGCAUGAUCUCGGCAAUUGAUAGGCUGCCCAUAGUUCCUGGUGUUCUUGAACUUGUAGGAAUUGGUUAUACAGUGUGGUUCGUAUACUACAAUCUGGUCUUCGAGCCUGACAGGGAAGCUUUGAUAGAAAAGAUCAAGGGCACCUACAGCGACAUCAUUGGGAGCCGCAGCUGAUUUGAGUGUAAUCACUAGAAGAUCCCUGAUGAGAUUAAUCCUCACUGCAUGAGAACAGCUACUUCCUAGGAUCUAUUGGAAUAAGAUUCUCAUGUUUGUGAUAUGUAUCUAGGAAUUCAAAAUUUCUUGGCGAGGUUAUGAAUCUGUUGACAUCUCUGUAGUAUGUUAUGGUUACUUCAAGCUCUUGCUUCA